AUGUUGAGCGGAAAAGUGGUCAUUGAGGAAAGAAGAACGAAGUUGAAUGGUCCAAAGGACUUUGAUGUGGCCAAUGUGGAUCAACUUGAAGGCAAAUCGUUGAAGGUUUCGCUAAUUCAACCGUGUUCCAUGCCCGACAACCAUACAAUUGUUUAG